CACCGCGGUGACAUCACUGAUAGAAUUUGGUAGGUCAUUCCGUGAUCUCCCGCACUGAAGUGUACUUUUCGGUCUGUCAAGGUACAGGACAGUUUGCUUCACAUGAAUGAGACAGUGGGUAAACUUACUUUGUUUUUUCGAUGUGUUCUUCGACUAUUGCAGGCCUUCAGUAUACGAUUUGCAUUUAACUGGUUGUGGACUCAUUUUGCAUCCGAGUUGCUGACAACAGACUGUUUCGACAGGGCGCAAGUAAGCACACGAUCCGUGUGAAUGAAUAGGCUUUUCUAGACCGGUUGGAGCUCCACUGUGUUUCAAUAUCAAACUAAUUUACUUGCGGGAUUGAACUGUCAACUACUGCCGAGGUAUUAGACAAGAGCAGAGCGAACCGCGAAUGUAUCUGGAUUGAAGGACCUGCCCUAUCAUCGAUUAUCAUCAUCUGGCAACAAGAUCAGGCAAACGAAGGACGAAAAAGACAUACAACCUCAUAAUAUUGCCUGCAAUUAAGUAAAUUGUAUCGGAGGACGAUGUCAACUGAGCGAAAAAGACAACGGACUGUUGAAGACUUCAAUCAGUUUUGCACCUUUGUGUUGGCUUAUGCCGGGUAUAUCCCAUACCCAACGAAGGAAUGGUGCUGUGAUGAGGGUGGACCAAGGGACAGCGGCACGCACAGCACUAACCAUAGUUCAUGGACACACCUCUCAUCCUCAAGUACAGAUGGCAACCCUUCCAAACUCCAGAAAGAAAAGGAUGAGAAGGUGAAGAAGAGGAAGUCCGACAAGAAGUUGACCGGUCAAAGGGAGAAAAAAACAAAAGGAUGUGAUUCAGGAGGGGUGAAGAAGUCCCAAAAAACUCCAUUAGAUCUUUUGUUUCCUAACCAAGCCUCGCCAGAGAAUCGUGAAAAACCAGGCAUACUGCUAGAGGUCCAAGCCAGCCCUGAGGCCAAAUCCAGCAACGCUGUCUCAAGUCAUAGUAAAAAUGACCAGACAGGAGCAAAAGAGAUGCAGAGCUUUAAAGGUGCAUCUGAAAAGAGCAAUGCUGAACUUCAGAUGAGAGGAUGUGGCCCUAAGGAAGUGAAAAGGGAACCUGUUGAUCUGACCAUGGCAGACCAAAUUGAGACAUCAAAAUUGAAGGCUAAUCCACAGGAAGAAGGAGAACAGGGGCCAGAGAAGAAGAGAAAUGAGAAGGUUGGAGGGAAUGAGGAGGAGAGGAAGAGCCUGGAGGAUAAUGAAAAUGGAUUGGAGAACGCCAGUGUCCUAUGUAUGGUUAUGGACAAGCAACUUCCUGAUGACCAGGAGACUGGGUACUAUACUGACAUGGAUGGCAGCAGCCCAUACCAGUGUGGCAGUGACACAGAGCAGGAUCCUCAAAAUGGGGACUGCAACAGACUUACCCGCUCAGUGUUUGUCAAAGAAGAUGCAUCUGGAAAUAACAGCAAAAAGGAAGAAGACUCCUGGGACCUGAUAACUUGUUUCUGUUUGAAGCCGUUCGCGGGACGACCCAUGAUUGAAUGCAGUGAGUGUGGGACCUGGGUGCACUUGUCCUGUGCAAAAAUACGCCGUACUCAUGUUCCCGAGGUGUUCGUCUGCCAGCCCUGUCGUGACUCUAAGCAGAAUAUCCGCCGGUCCAACAGGGCUCGCAUUCGCCCCCGAAAACGCUUCAGCGACUAAAUGCGGAGCUGCACCAACUCCCCACAUCCGUCAAGACACAUGGCCAUCAAGCUCUCUAGGACUGGAAAAUACAGACAUGGGUGGAAGGGAAUGAACAAAGGCCUGUCACACACCUGUCAUGUUCAGCACAAGUAUUCUUUGUACUGACACCAACGUCAUUAACAAAAACAACCAUAAAUAGAAUUGGGAAUUGGUCACUGUUUACGGUAAAACUACACAUUUACGUACAAUAACGAAGAUGGGAGUGAUGUGAGAGCAGUCAUGACAGAAGGAUGUUUAAGGUUUACAGGUGUUAUUGUUCAAAAACUUUUUGCGUUCACAUGCAUAUAACAUGGUCUAGACACACCCAUCUUUAUUUGCAUCUUAUAGAGAACACUUUCUCAAGGGCUUGCUUCAAUUCACCUCCUACUAUAUCCCGGGUCCCAAGUUUAAUGAUGUUUCUCAGGGCAGUUUUUUUCUCCUCUCUUUUAUUAUAUAUCAGAUGGCAAUUAUUGGGUUACACUUUGGAACCAUUGUAACAUGUUUCCUCUAUUUUUAGUUCCUCACUUAUGUUUUAUAUUAUGCUCUGCUGAGUGAUUGACUUUAAUGUACAUAUGAUCGUAACUGCAAAUUAUGUAAAUAAUUGUUUGUAAAGUCGUUUAUGUGACCUUUGGUUAGAUGAAGGCAAAUAUUUUCACCGUUUUUUAUAUGGGGAGAUUAUUUGCAGUGACAGGUCAUUGGCAUGGAAGGGAUUGAUGGGGGAAAAGUUAAUGAAGAUAAUACUAGUAAAAAAUAUAUGAUUUAUAAUAUGAUUUAUUCACAUUGAUAUUAUACAAAUGACUUGACAGCAUUUUCAGUCUUGUGUCUUGUUUUAUUGCAAGAAUAAAGCAGAUAACCGGUUGUUGAGACCCAUUCAACAACACAUGGCUGUUUUUGUGUUCCAGCCUCAAAAUCAAAAUCUUAAAUUCAGGAAAUGGGCACGUUGUCCACCACUAAAGCAUUUACACUUUUUUUCAGUUACUCGGAGCUGUUAAAUUGGCGUGGUCAUUUUGGAACCGGGUUCUACUCUUCAGGCUUCACAGCUGGGAUGUCUAAUCCUUUCUCUCUGGCGUAGGGCAGCACUCCGUCUUUGUAGAAGAGCUCCAACUUAGCUACCGUGGUCUCCCAGAACACAGGAUCAUAAGCCACAGGUACAAUGGCAGUCUCUUCCAAGGUGAAGACUACAAGAUCGGCCUGAUGCAACCCUGUAACAGCCAUCUGACACUGAAUCUGAGUGUAAUAGCUGUGCUUGGGUUUUAGACAAUAACCCAUUCCUUCUUGGAUCUCUAGACAGAAGGUCUUAUCCUCCUUGCAAGCCUGGGCUACUGUAUUUUGACGGUGCUUAUAUGGACAUUUGACUUCCAGACAAAGCAGGCGCUUACCAUCCAACUCUUGCACAAUCCCAUCAGGACUGGCAGCCAACCAGGGACGUUGUGAGUCUAUAAACAGACCACACUCCUGCACCUGCACUGGUCUCCCCAAAGCUUUGCUUUUCAAGCUUUGAUAGUGGCGGACAGCCUCAGCCUCCCUCUCGAUGCCCCAGCUCAUGGCCCGAGUCUUCACAUUUGGGCCCUCUCCUGUGAUAGCCGCCAGGUAGGAUGCAGCCGGGGUUGGACUCUUCCCAUUCACAAAACGACUGUGGGAGAUGCGGUGAGCUGUGGAUGCUGUGAUUCGGUUGUGACGCCAUUCAAACCAGCUGGGAUUUUCCCUUUGGCCACGAGUGUGAACCUCCACUGCAUUAACAACGUCUCCCUCAAUCUUCUUACUCAGAGAUACAAUCUCAGGCCUGGGAAGAUGGACCAAGGGUCUCGCCUUAUCUUGAGUGGUCUUGGUCUUGACAUGCAUUUGUGCUUCUUUUUUCUUUUCUGUGAUGAUGGGGUAUCUCACUUCAGGAAUCUUCUUGGCAACAAUCUUACCUGGGGGUUUGGUUCUCCCAGGGGCUGACUGCUUUGAGUCACCUGAGGCUCCAGAUGCCGUUGGUGAGGUGUUGACAUCUCUCUGUCUUGGUGUUCUUCUCUUUGAGACAGGAGCUUCCUGGUGAGAAUGGGAGCUCUUCUGUUCUAUACCGGUGGGUAACAUUUCCGAUGAAAGAAAA